AUGGGCGUCAGAGAUUCCCAUGGGGAGGCAACCGCGACACCGGACCCCGUUGAGAAGGGGUUCGCCACCCUCAACACCGUUCGGAUCGGUGUUAAGGCUAUGGUUCAGAAGGAUGGAGAAUUGAGAAAAGCCGAGAUUUUGUCCAUUAGACAGCGCAAAGAUGGCCCAAGCUUUUAUGUCCAUUACGUCGAUUUCAACAAGCGUCUCGACGAGUGGAUUGAUUCCGCAAGGAUUGAUUUAUCCCACGAGGUUGAAUGGCCACAGCCUGAGAAACCAGAGAAGAAGAAAGCAGGUCCUGGUAACAAAGUGCCAAGCAAGAAUGCUCAGAAGCGUGCAAGAGCUGGAAGCCGCGAGGUUUCGGCAACCCCAGAUCUUUUGACGGGCAAGAAUACCAAUGUUGGCAAAGCACAGCGUCCGUCUAAGGCUGGCGGGAAGGAAAACCGUGAUGAGACGCCUGCAAAUUUGUCAGUCCUAGAUUCAGAAGCUAUUUCUGCAGAUGUGACCCCUAAGCCCGAAUCCGAAGAUGUUGAUAUGAUUGGCGUCAGCUUCACGGAUACCAAGGAGGAGCAUGAGCAAGGUAAAAUGUCACGCGAAGAGGAAAUCGAACGGCUGCGUACAAGCGGGAGUAUGACCCAAAAUCCUACGGAAAUUCAUCGCGUGCGUAACCUGAAUCGUCUACAAAUGGGCAAGUUUGAUAUUGAGCCCUGGUACUUCUCUCCUUAUCCUGCCUCGUUUUCAGAUGUCGAUAUGGUCUACAUUGAUGAAUUUUGCUUGAGUUAUUUCGACAACAAACGCGCUUUCGAGCGUCACCGUGCGAAAUGCACCCUUGUGCACCCACCUGGAAACGAGAUCUACCGUGAUGACCAUAUAUCAUUUUUUGAAGUGGACGGUCGACGCCAGCGCACCUGGUGCCGCAAUCUUUGCCUUCUUAGCAAGCUCUUCCUUGACCAUAAAACACUUUACUACGACGUCGACCCUUUCCUAUUCUACUGCAUGGCCACUCGAGAUGAAACCGGUUGCCAUCUGGUGGGCUAUUUCUCCAAAGAAAAAGAUUCCGCAGAAGGCUAUAACCUUGCUUGCAUCUUGACUUUGCCACAAUACCAGCGUCUCGGCUACGGACGACUGCUUAUCUCCUUUAGCUAUGAGCUCAGCAAGCGAGAAGGAAAGCUCGGUUCUCCAGAAAAGCCCCUCAGUGACCUGGGUUUGCUAAGUUACCGGCAAUACUGGCGAGAAACACUCGUGGAAUUACUCAUAGAGCCGGAUCGAGAGUCCAUGAGUGAGAACGAGCUUGCUGUGCUAACAUCGAUGACCGAGAAGGAUGUACAUGAGACACUGGUUGUGUUCAACAUGCUUAGAUACCACAAAGGAAACUGGGUUAUUGUCCUCACGGACCAAGUCGUUGAACAACACAAUAAGCGUCUUGAGAAAGAGAAAAUCAAAGGGUCGCGCAAAAUCGACCCUGCUCGUUUACAAUGGAAGCCUCCAGUCUUCACAGCUUCAAGCCGAACAUGGAAUUGGUGA